UAUAGGUACAAUAUAUAUACUUUUCAAAUUGCCCGCCAAAUCCAGAGAACUGUCAAUUGUCUAGAAGCUCCGAAGCAAAGUAUUUGGUUUUCUCUAGACGCAAGUCAGUUGCAUGUGCAUUUAUUAGUUUCUCCUUGGCCUUGGCAGAGUGCAGAGCAGAACGGUAGUUAGAGUGUUUUAAAUUGUUUUUGACAAACUCUCCUUUUAUUAAUUUGUGAACGAAAUGGCACCCAAAUAUAAGGUCACCUACUUCGAUAUUACUGCUCUCGGUGAACCAAUUAGGUUCCUCUUAAGCUAUGGACAACUUGAUUUCGAAGACAGACGUCUUGGUGUAGACGGCAUCGAGUGGUCUUCUGUUAAACCGACCACUCCCUUCGGCCAAGCACCACUUUUGGAACAUGAUGGAAAAGUGGCCCAUCAGUCAAUUGCCAUCAGCCGUUAUCUCGCUAAGCAAGUAAAACUGGUAGGAACCAACGAUUGGGAAGACUUGGAAAUCGAUGCUGCUGUUGAUACCAUCAAUGACUUACGCGCAAAGAUCGCUGCUUACCACUAUGAAAACGACCCUGCAGUUAAAGAGACAAAGAAAAAACCAUUGUUUGAGGACGUUCUCCCAUUCUAUCUUGAAAAGUUGGAAGCACAAGUACAGAAAAAUAAUGGUUAUUUGGCUACUGGAAAAUUGACCUGGGCUGAUUUGUUCUUCGUCGCUCUCUUGCAAUACUUCCAGUUUAUGCUUGGAAAAGAUUUAGUGGAAAACUCACCAAAUUUGAAAAAGCUUAAAGAGAAAGUACUCGCAUUACCCAACAUCAAAGCCUGGGUAGAAAAACGUCCCGAAACUAAAUACUAAAUCGCAUUUACUCGUUCCUUGUGAAUUUACUCGUUAUGGAUAAAAUCAACAGUAUUUUUUAAAUUUGUUCUAAAUUUUAUAAUAAAUAAAUCAAAGUGAAGACA